GUUGUUUUCUAUUUGCCUCUAAUAUAGCCGCAGAUGGUGAAAGAUACCAUCAAGGGAAAACAGCAAGUUGAUAGAUUUUUGCCAAAUAAUAAUAGAUACUAAAUAAUAAACAGUAGAUUCACAGGCACCAAAAAACCCAUUACAGGUCCUCUGUAAAAAAAAAGUCAAGGGUUUAUAAUAAAAGCACAAACUGUCCAUUCAAUUUCUCGGUCAAUGAAAUUCAUGGGACCAUAUUUGCCUUCAUCUUGACAGCACAUACCUAUACAAAACUGUUCUUUUAGUUUCUCUCCUCUGUCCCUUUCUAUCUCUGUCCUGCUUCCAUUUUGUAGCUCAGGAUGUUUGAUCUGAAUGGAGAUGGGAAGUUGGGCCUGUCAGAGAUGGCAAGGCUGCUCCCCGUUCAGGAGAAUUUCUUACUCAAAUUCCAGGGUGUCAAGUUGACCACUGAGCAGUUCAAUGCCAUUUUCACAUUCUAUGACAAGGAUGGGAAUGGCUACAUUGAUGAGCAGGAGUUAGAUGCUCUGCUACGAGACCUUUACCAGAAAAACAAGAAGGAGGUGGAUGUGAAGAACCUGACGGGCUACAAGCAGAGCAUCAUGACCCUGUCUGACGGAGGGAAGCUCUACCGCAGCGAGCUGGAAAUUGUCCUCUGCAGGGAGCCCAUUGUGUGACUCUUCCUCCUCUCUCUUGUUGUGCAUCAUCCUUUUCUCUGCCUGCCCCGCCCUGCUCUCCCGAGACCACACCCACAUCCAGCUGCCUGGCAAAAUAUACCAGGUUGCAUGUGCCAGACACCCCUCCCCGCUAUCAUUUCCCCCGCCCCGCCCAAAAGUUACAACAUCAGAACGAAUAAGUGCACCGUCAGCACGCGAAACAGCUCUUCCUCCUCAAACCCUCAUUCUUUUGCCACCUGACCUGUCUGAAACCUCUACAGUAGCUUUUCACCUUCUCAGCUCUUCACCUAUUUCCUUUACUAUUUCUGACCUCAUAAACGUCCCUGCCCUCCAUGCUGUGCCUGACUUGCAACUCCUGACCAAAAGCCCAAACCCAGUUUUUCCACAGAAACAACCUUUUGACCCGUUGAUAACCCUUGAACCUUGACCCCGGCUUUGUCGACCCAUCCAUCCCGUCGCUCUUACAACUUUGCAUUACAUACGAUAUAUAUAUAUAUAGUCAGACAAAACUGCAGACAGCUGUGUUUGAAUUUAUCUAAUUUAUAGUCUGUGAUGGAUCUGGUAUUGAUUUUUUCCACCUGUUUGCCCUGAAGCCCUCUUGAUCCAUUGCCAUAUGAUAUGAUUUUUAAUUUUCAAAGUUUGUUUUUGGCUGAUACUGUUGAUUGAAAAUAUGAAUAAAAUGUCUUAAGAUAAAAAAAAAA